AUGCAGAGAAUUAACUUUGCGAGUUUCUUCUAUUUCGAGGCAUUCGUUACUUUUGAAUUGAUUUGGGCGAGUUUGAAUAGCAAUGACAAUUUAUUGUGGAUUCCAAUCUUAUUACACUAUAUUGGUCUAAUUGUUAAGAUGGCUCUGAUGAAAUAUUCAGAUUUCAAAGUGUUAUGGAUUGUGGGAGUGGGGAAUGAUGGCAUAGUCUUCGGAUUAUUGUAAAAUGACAAUUAAGAUUUAGCAUAUUUAUAUGUACUUAUAUUGAUAUAGUUUGAACUGCUGUACGACACAAAAAUGUUCUAUAAUCAGAGUAUUCUGGUGCUAUUUUGGGGGAUGGUUUCUCAAAUUUUGUACAAUUAUGUGUAGGUGUGGAGAUUGAUGUUAACUUUGGGAUAAUGUGUUGCAUUGCUUGGAUUUUUAUACUUUAUAAACCGAAAAAAGAAGAAGUCCUCAAUAGCCAAAUCAAACUAAUGUGUGCAAUAGGAGACCAUUUAGAGUGCAAAGAUGCAUAUUCUUAAAUUAAUGUAUGAGUGA